AAUUGUUUUGUUGUUAACCCUUAGGGUUUAAUUUUCUUCACGCCUUUGACAGAAGUCUUUCUUGUCGUUCUUAUUCGCGAAUUUUUAUAAUUAUGGCUGGAUACCCCCCUCCUGGUGGAUAUCCUCCAAAUCAGUUUGGUGGCUAUCCCCCAGCAGCUCCUGGUUAUCCACCAGUUGAAUCUGCUGGUUACCCCCCUGCUGCACCUGGAUAUCCGUCUGCUGCCCCUGGUUAUCCAUCUGCAGCUCCUGGUUAUCCUUCAGCUGUCCCAGGCUACCCUCCUGUAGGUGGCUACCAGCCAGCGCAACCUGGUUAUCCAAGUGGUGGAGGCUAUCCUCCCCCAGGAGGUUAUCCCACAGGUGGUGGUGCACCUCCUCCUCUUGGUUUUGGUAACCCUGGAGGUGCCCCAUAUGGUGGUCACCCUGCUUAUGGUCAACAACAUCCACAGCAACAUUAUGCUCAAGCUCCACCCCAUCCUGGGUAUGGUGGUCAACCCCCACAGCAACAAUAUGGUCAAGCUCCACCACAGCAACAAUACGGUCAAGCUCCACCACAACCUGGGUACGGUAGCCAACCCCCACAACCUGGGUAUGGUAGCCAACCCCCACAACCUGGGUACGGUAGCCAACCCCCACAACCCAUUAGUUAUGGUGGAGCACCCCAAGGAUAUGGGAAUCAACCACCAGCUCAAGGAAAUCCUCCAUCACGUCCACCACAGCCUCAGGUGAAGGAAGCACCAAUACAUACUUCCACUGCUAAAACUGCGCAAUCUGCACCACCAACAGCUCAACUACAGAAUAUGUCGGUGAAGCAGACAUUUGGUCAUGGAACUGUUAAAGGAAUUUCACCGUUUGAUUGUGAGGCAGAUUGUGAAAUGUUGAGAAAAGCCAUGCGAGGUGUUGGAACAGAUGAGAAAGCAUUAAUUGAUAUACUUGCCUCGCGUUCUAACGAACAACGAGUCAGGAUACGAUUACAGUUUAAGACUAUGUUUGGAAAGGAUCUGAUCAACGAACUUAAGUCUGAGCUGAGUGGGAAUCUUGAGGAAUGUCUGUUGGCAAUGAUGGAACCAAAAGUUUUAUAUGAUGCAAAAUGCCUUCGUCGGGCAAUGAGGGGUGCCGGAACAGAUGAAUUAUCUCUCAUUGAUAUCUUAUGCACACGAAGCAAUGCAGAAAUACAAAAGAUCAAAGAAGAAUAUAAAACCUAUUACAAAAGAGAUUUGGAAAAAGACUGUGUUAGCGAAACAAGUGGACAUUUUAAACGUCUCCUCGUCUCCAUGUGUCAGGCCAAUCGCGACGAAAGCGGAACUGUAGACAUGGCUAAAGCAACAAAAGAAGCCAAUGACCUCUACCAGGCCGGGGAGAAGAAAUGGGGAACGGACGAGUCAAGGUUUAAUGUCGUUCUUGCUUCAAGAAACUUUAAACAACUCAAUGCUACCUUUAACGAAUAUGUAAAGAUUGCACAACGUGAUAUUAUGAACAGCAUUGAUCGCGAAAUGUCCGGUGAUUUGAAGGAGGGAUUCAAAUGCAUCGUUCAAUGCGCUCGCAAUCCUGCAGUAUAUUUUGCCGAGCGACUUUGGAAGAGUAUGAAGGGAGUUGGAACGAAUGAUUCUCUUCUCAUCCGAAUCAUCGUUUCACGUUCAGAGGUUGAUUUAGUUGAAAUCAAACAAGAAUUUUUGAAUCGUUACCAUAAAACUGUCUACAAGAUGAUUGAAGGUGAUGCAUCUGGUGAUUACAAGAAGCUUCUUCUGGCUUUGGUUGGACGUAAUUAAAUAUAUAGCUUAUUUUUACUUGUGAUACUAGAGCGUAUUUGAAUUUACUCUUAAAAUUAGAGCGAACUGAAAGUACAUAUUCAAUUAUAAGUUCAAAAUACAUUAAAUGAUAUGAUGUAAUGUCGUUGUUUUCCCGCCUACUCUAGUUGUUUAUAGAUUGUAUUUUCAUUGCACAAUAAUAAUAUGGCUCUUGCAAAUUUA